GUCGUUCGCCGGCGCCCGCAGGGUUAACGGCAGCCGGCCUCUGCCGCAGACAUGGAGAAACUCAGGCUGCGCAGCCCCUGGGUGCCCUCGUGCCUCGGGCAACCCCGCGUCCUGCAGGGCCGACUGGCCAGGUCCUCGCCCUCGCUCUGGGACAGCGCGCUGCAGGAGCAGAAGGGCGAGCUGCGCAAGCGGCUGUCCUACACCACGCACAAGCUCGAGAAGCUCGAGACCGAGUUCGACUCCACCCGCCACUACCUGGAGAUCGAGCUGCGCCGAGCACAGGAGGAGCUGGAGAAGGUCACGGAGAAGCUGCGCAGGAUUCAGAGCAACUACAUGGCGCUGCAAAGGAUCAACCAGGAGCUGGAGGACAAGCUGUACCGCAUGGGCCAGCACUAUGAGGAAGAGAAACGAGCGCUGAGCCACGAGAUCGUCGCCCUCAACAGCCACCUGCUGGAGGCCAAGGUGACCAUCGACAAGCUCUCGGAGGACAACGAGCUCUAUAGGAAGGACUGCAAUCUAGCGGCCCAGCUGCUGCAGUGCAGCCAGACCUACGGCAGGGGCCAUAAGGUGUCCGAGCUGCCCUCAGAGUUCCAGGAGCACGUGAGCCUGCACAUGGAGAAGCAGGGCUGCAGCCUGCCCUCCGCGCUCUGCCGCCCGGCCUACGCCGACAGCGUCCCCGCCUGCGUCCUCGCCAAGGUGCUGGAGAAGCCGGACCCCGGCAGCCUGUCCUCGCACCUGUCGGAUGCCUCAGCCCGCGACCUGGCCUUCCGCGACAGGCUGGAAAAGCCGGGCCCCCGGCCCCCCUACAAGGGGGACAUCUACUGCAGCGACACGGCCCUCUACUGCCCCGAGGAGCGGCGCCGUGACCGGCGGCCCAGCGCGGACGGGCCCGUGACCGACGUGGGCUUCCUGCGGGCCCAGCAUUCCACUGACAGCGCGGCCGAGGAGGAGGAGGAGCCCGAGGCGGCGGCCUACCCCGCGGGCUACCGGCACGAGGCCUUCGGGGGCUACGCGGCCUCGCUGCCCACGUCCAGCUCCUACUCGAGCUUCAGCGCCACGUCGGAGGAGAAGGAGCGCGCCCAGGCCAGCACGCUCACCGCCUCGCAGCAGGCCGUCUACCUGAACAGCCGCGACGAGCUCUUCGGCCGCACGCCGCCCGCGGCCUACGGGAGCAGCCCGCGCUACGCCUCGGCCGCGGCUGCAGCGGCUGCGCCGCUCGAGGCCGAGGCGGCCCCGGGGUUCGCGAGGACUGUGUCGCCGUACCCCGCCGAGCCCUACCGCUUCCCGGUCUCCCCCGGCCCCCAGCCCGCCCUGAUGCCCCCCAACCUGUGGAACCUGCGGGCCAAGCCGGGGUCGGCCCGGCUGGCCGCGGAGGACGCGCGCGGCCAGUGGCGGCCGCUGAGCGUGGAGGACAUCGGCGCCUACCCCUUCCCGGCCGCGGCCGCCGCCGCCGCCCCCGGCCGCGCCUCGCCCGGCGGCUUCGACGACCGCUACUUCGGGGCCGGAGGCGGCCCGGGCGAGAAGGCCGAGGGCCGCGCCAGCCCCCUCUACGCCAGCUACAAGGCUGACAGCUUCUCGGAGGGCGAUGACCUCUCCCAGGGCCACCUGGCCGAGCCCCGCUACCUCCGGGCGGCCGGUGACCUGAGCCUCAGCCCCGGCCGCUCGGCUGAGCCCCUGCCCGGCUACGCGGCCAGCGAGGGGGAGCGGGAGAGGCUCGGGGUGCAGCUCUGUGGGGCGGGCGGCAGCCCCGAGCCCGAGCCCAGCCCCCGGAGCUCCAGGGGUUCCCUGGAGCCCAGCUCCAUGGAGGCCUCCCCGGAGAUGCACCCCGGCGCCCGCCUCAGCCCCCAGCCCGCCUUCCCUCGGACUGGCGGCUCGGGGCUCAGCCGCAAGGACAGCCUCACAAAAGCCCAGCUCUACGGGACCCUGCUCAACUGAGCACCCAGGUGCAGGCCUCGGCCGUGGCCGCCCCGCACACCGGGUCCCGAGGGGCGCUGCCUCGCCUCCCCGAUACCCAUCCUCCCGGCCCCGCAGGCGAGGACCCCGUCGAGCCUGGGGCGGGGCGGGGGGGGGGGCACCCACGUGUCUCGUCCGCCCCCGCCCCGCCACGGUGGACCGUUUCUCACACAGCAACCUCCUUCCCCGCCGGAGAUGAGCAUCCCCCCUUUUAUAAAGUGCAACUAUUUUUAUAGAGCAAAAGGGUCUUUCUUAACGCACUCAGCCUCCAGCUCCCUGGAUGGCGGCCUAGACGUUUUCGACGCAGCGCUCCUUGAUUUUCAGGUGAGGGCGAGUGGGGCCUGCCCCUCAGAGGGAAGGACGGUGUCCCGCGGAGACCCCCCGCCAGCCAGUGACAAGGGAACCCUGACGCUCUGUCCACAAGGAGGGGGACUGGGACGGGUGGAGGGACGUGUAACGUGUGCAGCUGUUCUCGCCGUGGUCCGCAGUCCCGAGUGGGGCCGGUGCUCGUCCCCCAGCGUCCCGCUCCCCGGCACCACCUCGCUCUACCUCAGAUGUAAUGAGGCCCUCCGCCCCCGGUUUCUGUAGCUUGCUUCCCUGUCGUCUGUGAUGCAUGCCCUGUCUCAGUACUGUAUUUUGCAUUCAUUAAUAAAAGACGUCGGUGGAAAGAAUUUGGGUUUGGGUAGUUUCUCCUCCCCUCUGCCUUUUGAUGUCGGGACGCGUGGCCCUGGGUGUCUCCCCCUGUCCUCCCCUCUCUGAGGCCAGGGCAGCCUGAUAAUAACGCUCCUCCCCCACCCCGGCACGGUGUCGUCCAGUGUUUGAAUUCUUCCAUCGUCUCAACCCGCUAAACGUUACUAUUGCCAUUUUAUACGAUGUUCCUUAUAGACUUCGCUUCUGCCUCAAGAUUCCUUAGGAUUUCCUUUAGUUCGGCUCUGCUGGUGACAAACUCUCCUGGGUUUUUUUUUUUUUUUUUUUUUUUGCUCUGAAGAUGUCUUUGCCCCAUUUCUGAAGGAUAUUCUCACUGAGGAGAAUGUCAGCGGGGGUCUCUUUCCCUCAGUGCACAGAGGUGUCCCCUGGCUUCCCGCUGGGGUGGGACUCGCCAUCAGUCCCCCCCUUCCCAGGAGCUGUUCCUCUGGCGCUGAUCUUAUCUUUUUCUCUCCAGCUGCGGAAGAUCUUCCCUUUGACUUUGGCUUUCCGCAAUCUCCCCUGAGGUGUGUCUCGCUGUGGAUUUCUCCUUGUUGGGAAUUCACAGGGAGUCUUGUAUCUGUGGAUUGGUGUAUUUCAUUGGUGUAUCUGUGGAUUGGUGUAUUUCAGUAGUUGAGGAAAAUCCUCGUCUACUUCUACUUAAACUACUUCUCCACCCUUCCCUCCUCCUGGGACUGCCGUCAGAACCUCUGUGUCCUCUACCUCUGUCUCCCUGCCUCCUUAAGACCCACACCUUGGUGUCACCGUGCUCAACCUGCAUUCUUCCAGGUCACUAAUUCUCUUCUGCUGCGUCCAUUCAGCUGCCAAACACGGCCACCAAGUUUUUAGUUUUAGUUAUUAAUGUUUUCCAUUUCUAGAAGCUCUGCCUGGUUAUUCUACAGACCCACUAUGCCACUGUCUAAUAGUUUCCUGUUCCCUGGAGAUAUUUCCAAGCUCGUCUUUUGUUUCCUUAAACAGAGCGGGCACAGCUGGCUCACUGUCUGGGUCUGACGCGUCCAUCAGGUGGGGUCUGUGUAGACCUGUUUAUCUUGGUUCCUGCCCAUGUUGCCUUGUUUCUUUGUGAGCCUGGUUAUCUUUGAGCAUGCUCAUUGAUGCCCUUGAGAAAGUACUUGUGAACGUUCUCCAAGGCCUAGGAUGGAGGGCCCCUCCUCCCGGGGGGCUUUAUGUCUGCUUCUUCCAGGGGCUGGGCACUUCCCACUGGGAGGGGACCACCUCGGCCCAGGUGCACGCCUGAAGUUCCCGGCCCAGCCAGCUUCGUGUAGCUCCAGGGUGCCUGCACCUGAGCUGCCGCUGCAGGCCCGGGCGCCCACCCCCAGGAGCAGAUGUGCCCCAGGAAGCAGCCUCCUGGCGGGGGAGGGGCCGUGGAGAGGCUCGGGAGUCAGCUCCCCUGUCUGGGGCCCAGUUUCCCUGUGGGCAGGUGGGGAAGCAACCCUCACCGGACUGGGGGGCAAAUGGGAGGGUGGAGGGGAAAACACAUGGCCCCUGGCACCCAGCAGGCUUCGCUCAGAGACGCUCCCAGAGGGGCCCUGAGCCUCCUCAGCACCGCGUGGGUUGUGAGACUGGAGAGCAGGGCCGGGAACCCCAGGGACUUUGCAGUCUGGGCCCAGAAGGCCAGGCCCCUGCACGGUCACUUCAGAGUCUGAGCGCUCUUUCCCCGCAGAUGGCCAACGGGCCUCACAGAGCUGUCCUGCCGUGGCCUCUGAAGCCAGCCACAGCCGGGGUGGGCUUCCCUCCUUCCCCAAGCACCCCCCUCGCUCCACCCCGGUCCUGCCUCACUCCCACCAGGACCCUGGCUGUGCACCCACCGUCCACUGACCCUUCUGUCCAUGUUUCUUCUCAACCCACAGCAGGCAGUGCAGGGCUGUGUGACCUUGGGCAAGUCCCGGGCCCUCUGGGCCGCUUUCCCCUUCUGGAGCCUGAGGACGCUGACUCGUGAGAUUCCCAGGGGCCCUCGAGACUGGUGGCUGUCCCACUGCGUGGAGAGCCCCAGGCUGCGCCCGAGAUGGGUCCUGAGGGAGGGGAGGAGCGCAGACUUCCCGGGCCUGCCCCUCUGCCCUCCGAGCUUCGGUUUCCCCAGCGGGACGGUGGGGCCACAGCCACCGCCCGGGGGCCGCGAGGAUCGGCCUCACUCGGCAGAGUCACGGCCAUGCUCAGCAGCAGACACAGCCACGCUGGCAUCUCAACAUGAAACCGUUCUCCUCCCACGACGGCUUCGGAUCUGUAUUUCAGAUCUAUGGGUGAGGCGAAGGUAGGCGCUCGGCCCCGGGAAGGUGGGUGGAGGGGACAGCCCACACCCCUUUUCCGUUCCUGCUCCAUACUUUCUAAAUUUAGCUCUCGUAUUUUAUUUUUUUUUUAUUUUUUAUUUUUUUUAUUUAAGUUGGAAGACAUUUACAUUUAUUUUUACUUUCCCUAGCAUGAGUGGCUUGUAUCUCCAUCUGGAAAACAUAGCACUAUCAAGUUACUAUUAUAUCCAGUGGAGAACUCAGUCUUUGGUCACAGCGUAAAGAGCUCCUGGAUUUGGUCCCAUCAGCCCUCUUUGAAAUGACCUAAGCUCUCUUAUUUUAAAAUUGCAAAUGGUGAACUCCUAGACACCUUGCAGAGGAUCGGGAGUCUUGAAUGCCCUUUGGAAGACAGCACUUGGAAAAAGAAACAGAUAAGGGUACGGAGAGCACCUGCCCUUCUUCCCGGUAAAAUAACCUAAGAAGGGGGUAGGGCUUGCAGGACGUGUAGUUAAGAAAUCAGAUCCACGGGGGAGGGGUGCUGGGAAACAGCCGCAGUGGUGUCUGGGGAUACCUGGAUAUCCCUGUCCCAGGAGGGUCAGAGCUUCGGCUGGUUCAAGGUGACCGGCGUGGUAAAGAAGCGGCCUCCAAGGACAGAGAUUUGGCUGGUGUUUUUUCCCCAGGAGAAGUCGAAAGGGUACCGGCCCACAAAGGCCCCACGCAAGCAGAUGAUGGGUCUGGGACCCAUGGUGUCCUGGCCCCAAAUCCCACAGGGCCGCAGGUAGCCGGGGUGUGGACUCAGCACAGGGGAGGGGCCGGGCAGCUCGGUGGACAGGGAGGUCGUCCCCUGGCCGCACCCCAGCACCCACGCCAAAGCCAGUUGAGUACAGCCCGUAACUGGUGCUCGUUAACCAAAUGAGUGGUCGUAGUAACAUAUCACAGUGGGGAGAGCAGUCAGCCACCCACGUGAUGAACUUCUCACUCAGAAGACACUCCACGCCGGGGAAGGCAGAAAAACGCCCGCUUUGGGCUGGGCUCGAAAGCAGGAUGUCUGGACCCCAGGAUCCGGGGCUGGAUGCAAGGUCGGGGCAGGAGAGGCGGGCGAGAGGCACCUGGGAAGGCCAGGCCCCACUAUGCCCCAGACGAGCCCAGCCUCCCCUCCCGGCCUGUGUCUGGGUUCAUUCACACGUGGCCAAUCCAUCCGACAGAUGCCUGCCAAGGGGCUGUUCAGGCUGGACCUGGGGUGACACACUCUCGUGACAAUACUGUGGGGGUCCCGUCACUCUCGCCUCCAGCUGCAUAGUGGCAGCUAUGCCUGGCCAGGGACCCCUGGUCUGGGGCGGGCAUGUGACACAAGCCAGCCCAUCAGAGGCCUUCCCUGAGACUUGGCAACUGGGAGUAGCUCACUGGGGGCUUCUGCCGUGAGAGGGAGUCAGAGCUGGCCAGAGAGGGUCUCGCCAGACCAGGUCCGAGGAUGAACCCAACCGCGCCCUCCGGCCUGAACUGGCUCAACUCCUGCACCAGUGGCUGGGCUGACACUGGUGCUAAUAUUAUCACUAAUACUGAUACUCCCGCU